UCUUCACCAACACCUAUUUCCAAAUUUCUUCCUGAGACUGAUAUCGCAAUCUGGAGAUUGGUGCUCCAAGACCGCGUCUCGCGGGGCAGCAAGGAUCAACCCAAGAGCCACGAUAAUAUGUGUCAAAAUGUACGAGCCAUGUUCGCAUGCUCAUCCUGGCACGCCAGGUUAGGCGGCGAACCUACUCGCAUCAAACACAUUGCCCAUUGUCGAGCAGCAGUCGCUAGAGGGAGAAGUUGUCCAAAGUUCCAAAGAAGCGAUGAUCACGUUCUUCAGGAAGAUGAGCCCGACGAGUUAUGUCCUGAAUGCAAACGAGAGACACCACCGGAGACUCCAUGA